UGGAAGAAGAAGAGAGCUGAGCGGAUUCGGAGAGCGGAACAGACGUUCGGGCCGUCUCAUAAGCCAAUGGGGGGGGGCGAUUUGAACUUGAAGAAAAGCUGGCACCCGCAGACCCUCCGCAAUGUGGAGAAGGUGUGGAAGGCCGAGCAGAGGCACGAGGCGGAACAGAAGAAGAUCGAGGAGCUGCAGCGGGAGCUGCGUGAUGAGCGGGCCCGGGAGGAGAUGCAGAGGUUCGCGGAGGACACGGGGGCCGUGAAGAAAAAAGAAGAGAAGCUGGACUGGAUGUACCAGGGACCGGGCGGGAUGGUGAACAGGGAGGAGUACCUGCUAGGGCGCCCGGUGGAUAAGUUCAUCCUGGACAAAAUGCAGGAACCGGAAUCGGGGCCCUCGACCGAGACCGGCCUCCUCCCCGGGUCCAUCUUCAGCGUGUCCGGAGCCACUUCCGCCUUGGACAUGUCCAACAAGAUCCGCGAAGAUCCGCUCUUCAUGAUCCGGAAGCGGGAAGACGAGAAGAAGAGGGAAGUCCUCAGCAAUCCCGUCAAGAUGAAGAAGAUUAAAGAACUUCUGCAGAGCAGCUUGGACAAGAAGAGCAAAAAGAAGAAGAAGAAGCACCGGAAGGAGAGGAGCUCCAGCGGCAGCGACGAGGAGAGCGGCCAGGAGCGGAGCAGGUCCCACAAGCACCGGCCGCACUCUCCUGCACGCCAGAAGGUGCCGGGAUACGGCCUGCUGCUUCCGCAGACCAGUAAGAGCCACAAGAGAGACGACGCGUCGGGAUCGGGCACGCGGAGGGACCGCUCGAAGAGUCCCCACCGAGACCGAAGCCAUCACAAAUCCAAGACGGAAAGCAAGUACAGGAGGAGCCCUUCCCCAAAGAGAGAAGAGAAGUAUCAGAGGCAGAAGCCGUCCGGCUACACCAAGAAGAUGUCCGCCGAGGAGCUGGAGCAGCGCAGGUUAGAGAUGAUGCAGGACGCCAAGCAGAGGGAGGUGGAGAGAGAAAACAGCGUGAGGAAGUACAAGCAGGAGGACGAGCGGGAGGAGCAGAAAGAUCGGUCAAGGAAGGAGGUCAAGUUCCUACAUAAGAUGAAGCUGGAGAGCGCCGCCUCCUCCUCCGUGGAGGACCGAGUCAAGAGGAACAUUCACAGCAUUCAGAGGACGGCCUCGGCCCUGGAGAGGAACUUCAUGAAACGAUGA